GACGUCAUUAAUCAAGGUCCUCGAUAUAGCACUAGUAUGUUGUGCAAUUUUUUCUGUAAUUACAGCUGAAAAUGCUCUAUCAGAUGCGGAACUUAGCGUAUUGCAAGCAAAUGGUUUUACUAUAACAAAACAUGAAAGUGACAGUACUAUAACUAUAGAACAUCAUGGCUACCCGAAUCACACGUUUGAUGGCGGUUGGGGCGACAAUCCGAACACCGCCAUCAUGGUCAACCAUUCAUACAACUUACCACUGGAGGCAACUGUUGCAGCAAGUGAGGGAUGUGCCACUUCUCUUCAUAGGACUCGGUAUCAGCGGAGCAGCCUUUUACAAUCCGUACACAGGUUUUGGGUGGAACGCCGUAGAAGGAGAAUGUGCGGAGACACUUGACAACUGCUGGGGACAUCCAUCACCCGAUGGUACAUAUCACUAUCAUAGAAUACCAAGCUGUUUAUAUACGGAACCUUACGAGGACAUAUUCCUCGGUGUUGCUUUAGACGGAUAUCCAAUCUAUGGUCCUAUGGAUGCUACUGGUAAAACAUGGACGUCUGCGGAGCUUGAUGUUUGCCAUGGUCACACUUACCUUGGACCAUACAUUUAUAGAGCAACAUUCGAUUUCCCAUAUAUUUUGAGUUGCUUUCAUGGGCAGGAUGUCAAGAAUGGUGAAAAUGGCAGGCGCCGUCGGGAUGUCUCUAACCACGUAUAUCGUCGACAAGCACCUCCCGGUAUUCCGCCAGGGCUCGACAACGAUCCAUGUUGGCAUGCAGAAAAUGCUCAGUGGCAACAACUGUCAUGUUUUGUUGUUUGUGAGAACGCCGGGUCAGAUUUAUCUAACUGUCCCGUUUCUGAUUUGGCUGCCAGUCCCUCCGUUGCGACCAUGGGCGUUAUAUACAUGGUGAUGACUUAUUUCUGCAUCUAGACAAAGUGGAAAUAUUUAUUUAGAAUUACGGGAAAAAAGUAUGUUUUAUAUGAUUAAAGAAAUACAC